GCAGAGUAGGUAAGAGAGUGAUGUUCACACUGUUUCCUGGACACCUGUUUCUUACACCUGCUGUGCUGCCUGACACUUGAGACUUUGAUUAAAUCUAUUCUCUGCAUAUUUGCCUUGAGGCAUUGGAGCAGUAGUACUACUUAUACUGUGCAUUUUCCAUGUGUGGGUAAGCUGGAGGUUCAUGGUCUUGGUAAGUAUAUGCCUAAGAUGCAUGGUGAUUAGGUAAAACUAAUUUGCAGUUUUCCUAUUUUAUUUUUGUCGUUGUUUGUUUGUUUGUUUGUUUUUUUAAAUGUUUGAUGCCUUCUUAAAAGUUCUGAUCUCUUUUCUGAAGCAGAGAACACUACUUUUCUGGUAUUAGGUUUCUAUAUGAAUUGACCAACUAACACACUUUUGUAUAAGUUUUAAGAGAGACCAUGUAAGUGAAUAUUAUGUUCCUGACCAAAGUGGCAAACAUUUUCAUAGGACCAGCUUCCCCCAAGAAGAGCUUCUGUCAUUGUUUCACUACAGGGCUGAUGGCUGCUCUGGAUCUUCCGUAGCGUUCUUUGAGCUGGGGAACAAGGUAUAUAGGGUUUCUUCAUUCCAUUUGGCCAGUGCAAGAAAUUCAUUGGCUCCUCCCAUGCCAAAAAAAAAAAAAAAAAAAGGAAAAGAAAAACCAAAAAAACCCACAAAAAAAGGCGGGGGGUAUACCAUAGGUUGUUGAGAUUUUAAUUUUUUAUUUGGGACAAAAAGCUACCUAUGCAUGUUCAGUUUGGGGGCCUAAGUCACUCCCUUAAGCAUCUGCAUAUUCUCCAUCUCUCUCUUAAGGUACAGCAUACUGGAAUGCUAGCCCUAGUAAACCCUUCUAGAUGCCAGGGAAUACUGAGAGACUUCCUUUAAGAGGAAAACAGCAGCACGCUUUUCCUUCUCUCUACCCUCUUGGGGAAGAGCAACUUAAGGCCUCUGUUAUUUCAUGAGAUCCCAUCCUAGAACAAUUGAGAAAGCAAUGGUCCCCUCCAUCGUCUCUCUCAAUGAUGAAAAGAUUUAAAACUGUAAGCAAAGCAAACUUCUUUUUUUGGAGUACCAAUUCAAAUAAAUUUCUUUUUUAAUUGGAAAUUGAAGAGUCAGCCUGGUUUUGAGAUUAGUGCUAGCAAUGAGCAUACCUUCUGUUCUGUGUGGAUUUAAAUCCUUUCAAGGAACACCCAUUUUAGAUUUUUGCACAUUUUCUAAUAUGGCACAACUUUCAAACUGGCUUAGUCUAUUCUUACGGAAAUCUGUGUAAGAACUGACUUCCUAAAUAUGGGGAUAUUUCUUUCCUCCCCUCAGGCAUCGCUGAACCUUGGUAGCCAUAUGCGGAAUAUACAAAAUGACCAAGUUCGUGUGUAUUUUUGAAUUGGCCGGACAUCUGUACAUCAGGACGAUCCAAAGUUUCAGUGAUGCAGAGUGCCCAGAGGUCACAGUAGUGUUAAUGGAGUACCAAAAAGGAUAAGGGUAUGGUCCUGACCUAAGAUGAGUGGCCAGACUUGCUAAAGAUACAGAGAUGCUAUGUGGCCUUCCUGGAUUUGAACAAUUUAAAACGACCAGGCUUGACCUAUGAUUCUCCUGUAAGGAAUUAGCAUCCACCCUGUAGAUCUGCAGGAGAAGGCUACCUCCUGUGGUGCUAUAUCUUGGUGAAUGCUAACUCUGUUCAAGGGCCUUUUGGGGGAAAGGGCAGUGAAUAGCCUCUAGAGAGGUAAGUUUCCCACCCUCCCAACCUCUCCCCAGCUGCAGCUUGCUUGAUGCUGUCAGGAUCUGGAUUUGGGGGGAGUCUCUCUGUAGUGGAACCAGUGACAGAAGCUGUUCUUUAGAAUUUUCAGGAUGGCUGUAUUCUGCGGUCAGAAUGAGAGAGUCAAGCUGGGCAGAAUCUCUCGCCAAGAGUUCAGCAGCAAGGUCUUAUUCCUGGAGAAUCUACUCCAUUGCAGACUCCCUGCAGCUUCAGGAGCCUUAAUCGAUUAAGUGCUGUCAGCUUGAUGUACUCCUCCGGACUCUGGAAACAGCUGUGGGUUCUAUUCUGUAUUUCCGCCGUGUGUAGCGAACACAACAGUCGGAGGCCAGAUGACCUGUUAGAUGGCUAGCCUUGUAAAAACUCGACUCUGUAUGUUCCCAUGUAUGUUACCGCAAUGCUCCUUCUGUUGUACAGUGUCUGUGAGAUGCUCUUUGAAGAUGGUACUUUUAUUUUAUUUUAUUUUUUCAUUUUCAAUAAAAGUACAUUACCUCCCACUUCCUGGUAUUUAAUCCUGUUGCUGAAUGUGCCUUGUGUGAGUGUGUGCUCCGGCGUUGCAGGACCUCAGAGCUGGAGGUGGCACUCGGUGGUUCUUGGGGGCUGGCUGCCUUCCCUCACUGCAGGUGGUGUUAGACAUAUGCUACCUGAGGUAACAUGUUUUUGUUUUUGGGAGGGAGUGGGGGGUGGGGAGGGCCCACGGGAGGGUUUCUGGAUUUUGGAUAGUCUGCUUUGUUUGCUCUCUUCUGUACUAUUAAACUGCCGAUGUUUAUUUUCAGGAAUGUUUUGCAAAUGCACUUCUCACUCUUCCCCAGUCCAACUGUAGGUACACUGUUCCUUUUUAUCAAAUAAGCACGUUUGAAACGAUCCAAAAAAAAAAAAAAAAGGUCUUAAUUUCCUUUAAAGACAUGUAUCAAUGUGUGGAGAUACUGGAGUCAGGUCAAAUAUAUCCUUUUUAAUGACCAUGUGUUUAGAAUUAAUUUCAGCUCAUGGACAGGUUUAUGUUACAUUAGAAAGAGUAACGGUUUUGGUGGUGUACUUAAGGAAGAAAAAAAUCCAGAUGAGGCCUACCACCUGCGAAAUGCCUUGAGUAACUAUCCGCAGGUGGGUAGUCAGUCCUAUUUGGUCGUUCAAGGUCUUCCUCUGCUUAUGCGUGUAGCCCUGUGCAGUGGAGCUGCUUCCUCUUUCUAACUUAACAUAAAGCUGUGGCGUGGUGUGUGGGUGCCGUGGAGAUGUUGACAGCGGCAUGUGUUUCUCCCUGUAGGCCUUCGUGGUGAAACACCUCUUGGAAUACACCCAGGUCACAGAUUCUAACCUAAAGUACAGCUUGCUGUUAGUCCUGGGCCUCCUCCUGACGGAAGUCGUGCGCUCUUGGUCUCUCGCGCUGACUUGGGCGUUGAAUUACCGAACUGGUGUCCGCUUGCGGGGGGCCAUCCUAACCAUGGCAUUUAAGAAGAUCCUUAAGCUAAAGAACAUUAAAGAGAAGUCUGUGGGUGAGCUCAUCAACCUGUGCUCCAACGACGGGCAGAGGAUGUUUGAAGCAGCUGCCGUUGGCAGCUUGUUGGCUGGAGGACCCAUUAUUGCCAUUUUAGGCAUGGUUUAUAAUGUAAUUAUUCUAGGACCAACAGGCUUCCUAGGAUCAGCUGUUUUUAUCCUCUUUUAUCCAGCAAUGAUGUUUGUAUCACGGAUCACUGCAUAUUUCAGGAGAAAAUGUGUGACCACAACGGAUGAACGUGUCCAGAAGAUGAAUGAAGUCCUCACGUACAUUAAAUUUAUUAAAAUGUAUGCCUGGGUCAAAGCAUUUUCUCAGAGUGUUCAAAAAAUCCGAGAGGAGGAGCGUCGGAUCUUGGAAAAAGCUGGGUACUUUCAGAGCAUCACCGUUGGUGUGGCUCCCAUUGUGAUGGUGAUUGCCAGUGUGGUGACCUUCUCUGUUCACAUGACCCUUGGCUUUGAUCUCACAGCAGCACAGGCUUUCACAGUGGUGACUGUCUUCAAUUCCAUGACUUUUGCUUUGAAAGUAACACCAUUCUCCGUAAAAUCCCUCUCGGAAGCAUCAGUUGCUGUUGACAGAUUUAAGAGUUUGUUUCUGAUGGAAGAGGUUCACAUGGUAGAGAAAAAGCCAGCCAGCCCUCACAUCAAGAUAGAGGUGAAAAAUGCCACCUUGGCAUGGGACUCCUCCCACUCCAGUAUCCAGAACUCACCCAAGCUGACCCCCAAAACGAAAAAAGACAAGAGGGCUGCCAGGGGCAAGAAAGAGAAGGGGAGACAGCUGCAGCGCGCCGAGCAGCAGGCCGUGCUGGCAGAGCAGAAAGGCCACCUCCUCCUGGACAGUGAGCAGCCCAGUCCCGAGGAGGACGAGGGCAAGCACAUCCAUCUGGGAAGCCUCCGCCUGCAGAGGACAUUGUACAGCAUCGACCUGGAAAUCGAGGAGGGUAAACUGGUUGGAAUCUGCGGCAGUGUGGGAAGUGGAAAAACCUCUCUGAUUUCAGCCAUUUUAGGCCAGAUGACACUUCUAGAGGGCAGCAUUGCAGUCAGUGGAACCUUCGCUUAUGUGGCCCAGCAGGCCUGGAUCCUCAAUGCCACUCUGAGAGACAACAUCCUCUUUGGGAAGGAAUUUGAUGAAGAAAGAUACAACUCUGUGCUGAACAGCUGCUGCCUGAGGCCCGACCUGGCCAUUCUUCCCAACAGUGACCUGACUGAGAUUGGCGAGCGAGGAGCGAACCUGAGUGGUGGGCAGCGCCAAAGGAUCAGCCUGGCCCGGGCCUUGUACAGUGACCGGGACAUCUACAUCCUGGAUGACCCCCUCAGUGCCUUAGAUGCCCACGUGGGCAACCACAUCUUCAACAGUGCUAUCCAGAAACACCUCAAGUCCAAGACGGUUCUGUUUGUCACCCACCAGUUACAGUACCUGGCGGAUUGCGAUGAAGUGAUCUUCAUGAAGGAGGGCUGUAUUACAGAAAGAGGCACCCACGAGGAACUGAUGAACUUGAAUGGUGAUUAUGCCACCAUCUUUAACAACCUGUUGCUGGGAGAGACACCCCCAGUUGAGAUUAAUUCGAAAAAAGAAACCAGUGGUUCACAGAAGAAAUCACAAGACAAAGGUCCUAAAACAGGAUCAGUAAAGAAGGAGAAAGCAGUGAAGCCAGAGGAAGGGCAGCUGGUGCAACUGGAAGAGAAGGGACAGGGUUCAGUGCCCUGGUCAGUGUAUGGUGUCUAUAUCCAGGCCGCGGGGGGCCCCUUGGCUUUCCUGGUCAUCAUAUCCCUUUUCAUGCUGAAUGUGGGCAGCACCGCCUUCAGCAAUUGGUGGUUGAGUUACUGGAUCAAGCAAGGAAGUGGGAAUGCCACAGUGACACAUGGGAACAAGACGUCUGUGAGCAGCAGCAUGAAGGACAACCCUCUUAUGCAGUACUAUGCCAGCAUCUACGCCCUCUCCAUGGCCGUCAUGCUGAUCCUGAAAGCCAUUCGAGGAGUUGUCUUCGUCAAGGGCACACUGCGAGCCUCCUCCCGGCUCCAUGACGAACUUUUCCGAAGGAUCCUUCGAAGCCCUAUGAAGUUUUUUGACACCACCCCCACGGGGAGGAUUCUCAACAGGUUUUCCAAAGACAUGGAUGAAGUCGAUGUACGCCUGCCGUUCCAGGCCGAGAUGUUCAUCCAGAAUGUCAUCCUUGUGUUCUUCUGUGUUGGAAUGAUCGCUGGGGUUUUCCCAUGGUUCCUGGUGGCGGUGGGGCCCCUCUUCAUCCUCUUCUCAGUUCUGCACAUUGUCUCCAGGGUCCUGAUUCGAGAGCUGAAACGUCUGGACAAUAUCACACAGUCCCCUUUCCUCUCCCACAUCACAUCCAGCAUACAGGGCCUUGCCACCAUCCAUGCCUACAACAAAGGGCAGGAAUUUCUGCACAGGUACCAGGAGCUCCUGGAUAACAACCAAGGUCCUUUCUUCCUGUUCACGUGUGCAAUGCGGUGGCUGGCUGUGCGGCUGGACCUGAUCAGCAUUGCCCUGAUCACCACCACCGGGCUGAUGAUCGUUCUUAUGCACGGGCAGAUUCCCCCCGCCUACUCGGGUCUUGCCAUCUCCUACGCCGUCCAGUUAACCGGGCUGUUCCAGUUCACUGUUAGACUGGCAUCCGAGACAGAAGCCCGCUUCACCUCAGUGGAAAGGAUCAACCACUACAUCAAGACUCUCUCUUUGGAAGCACCUGCCAGGAUUAAGAACAAGGCUCCCUCCCCUGACUGGCCCCAGGAAGGAGAGGUGAGCUUUGAGAAUGCAGAAAUGAGGUACCAAGAAAAUCUCCCUCUGGUUCUGAAGAAAGUAUCCUUCACGAUCAAACCCAAGGAGAAGAUUGGCAUCGUGGGACGGACCGGAUCAGGGAAAUCCUCUCUGGGGAUGGCCCUCUUCCGUCUGGUGGAGUUAUCUGGAGGCUGCAUCAAGAUCGACGGCGUGAGAAUCAGUGAUAUUGGCCUUGCUGACCUCCGAAGCAAGCUGUCCAUUAUUCCUCAAGAGCCAGUGCUGUUCAGUGGCACUGUCAGGUCAAAUUUGGAUCCCUUCAACCAGUACACUGAAGACCAGAUCUGGGAUGCCCUAGAAAGGACACACAUGAAAGAAUGUAUUGCUCAGCUUCCUCUGAAACUUGAAUCUGAAGUGAUGGAGAAUGGAGAUAACUUCUCGGUGGGGGAACGGCAGCUCCUGUGCAUAGCUAGAGCCUUGCUCCGUCACUGUAAGAUUCUGAUUCUUGAUGAAGCCACAGCCGCCAUGGACACGGAGACAGACUUACUAAUCCAGGAGACCAUCCGAGAAGCAUUUGCUGACUGCACCAUGCUGACCAUUGCCCAUCGCCUACAUACAGUCCUCGGCUCUGAUAGGAUUAUGGUGCUGGCCCAGGGACAGGUGGUGGAGUUCGACACCCCAUCAGUCCUUCUGUCCAAUGACAGCUCCCGGUUCUAUGCCAUGUUUGCCGCCGUGGAGAACAAGGUCGCUGUCAAGGGCUAACUCCUCCCUGCCGCCGUCUCUUUUCCUUGGAGCAUUGCCAUUCCCUGCCUUGGGCGGGCCCCUCAUCGCCUCCUCCUGCCGAAACCUUGCCUUUCCCAGUUUUAUCUUUCGCACAGUAGUUCAGGAUUGGCUUGUGUGUUUCAAUUUUAGGGAGAGUCCUAUUUUGAUUAUUGUAUUUAUUCCAUAUUCAUAUAAACAAAAUUUAGUUUUUGUUCUUAAUUGCACUCUAAAGGGUUCAGGGAACCGUUAUUAUAAAUGUAUCAGAGGCCUAUAAUGAAGCUUUAUACGUGUAGCUAUAUCUAUAUAUAAUUCUGUACAUAGCCUAUAUUUACAGUGAAAAUGUAAGCUGUUUAUUUUAUAUUAAAAUUAGCACUGUCCUGAUAACAGUGCAAAUUCCUUUCUA